AUUAUCAGAAUUGAUGUUAACACGAUCCAAUAGCAAAAUUGUUUUGUUCAUCACUUGUAGUUUAUCAAUGAUAUUUUAAGUAUUUAUUGUGACGUGUACUUUCGUUGACGUAUAUAUAAAGUAGUGCAAUACCAAAUAAAAAUUACUUGUAAUACAAGUUAUCACAAAUUAUCGGUUGUUUUUUAAAGAAAAAUUUAUGCAAAAUGUCUUUAUAUCCAACGCUCGAGGACAUGAAAGUAGAUCAUAUGAUGAAGGCUCAACUACAAAGAGAAUCACAAUAUAAUGUUCCACCUAUAUCACAUGAACAAACUGGUCCAUCGGCACCUGUUUAUAAUUCUCUUUCUACUGCACUGUAUCCUUCAUUAGGAAAAUAUAUGGAUUUAGAAUUUACAGAAGAAAUGAUAGCACAAAACAUGCCUGAAUAUUCUCUUAUGACAGUAAAUAAUUCUACACCUUCAGGUUCUUUACCAGGCAUAAUUGCACCUUUAUCUGGACAAUCUUUAGGAUUACAGAGAGCACAAGUUACAAAUGGAAUAAGAGAAUUGAUAUUAUGCAAAGAUAAAGAUGGAAAAAUUGGUUUAAGAGUGCAUGCUGUAAAUAACGGCAUCUUUGUAUGCUUAGUAAGUCAAAAUUCACCUGCUGCAAUUGCUGGAUUACGAUUUGGAGAUCAAAUUUUGAGCAUCAACGAUGUUUUUGUUGCUGGAUAUACAAUGGAACAAGUACAUAAAAUGUUACGAAAUGCUGAUAUUAAUGGUAUUAAAGUAAUAGUAAGAGAUAGACCAUUUGAACGCACAGUGACAAUGCACAAAGAUAGUACAGGACAUAUUGGAUUUCAAUUUAAAAAUGGAAAAAUAAUUGCAUUAGUAAAAGAUUCUUCAGCUGCUAGAAAUGGACUUUUAACAGAUCACCAAAUAUUGGAAGUUAAUGGAAAGAAUGUUAUAGGUUUAAUGGAUAAAGAAAUAACAGCAGAAAUUGAAAAUGGUGGAAAUAUAAUCACAAUAACAAUUAUUCCAUCGUAUAUUUAUGAUCAUAUGAUUAAAAAAAUGAAUAACAGUUUAUUGAAAACUUUAAUGGAUCAUUCUGUGCCAGAUGUUUAAGAUAAAGACCAGGUAUAGUACUGCGUUUAUAUUUACAGUAUUGAUAAACAUUUUAAUUAAUAUCUUUAUAAUAGUUAUAAUAGUUAUGUCUAAAUUUUUUAACUAAAAAAAUUAUAAAAAGAAAUAGUUGAAGUUUCUCAUAGAUAUACGCAUUUAAAUUGUUUUUUAGAUUUUCAUAAUAUUAACACAUAAUAAAUAUCUAAUAUUUUAUUAAUUGUGUUAUUCACAAUAUAUAAUAAUUAUUUAUUAUUAAUAUAUUUUUGUUAUAUAAAAAUAUAAUAUCAAUAUUUUAUCCUUUUAGAAAGAAAAGAAAAAAAUAAAAAAAAAAGAAUAGUUUAUAAAUUUUUUUAUAUUAAUAAUUCAAUUUAAAUAAAAAUCUUUGAAUAAUUAUAUUCAAUUAUACAUAUAUACAAUUAUAUAUAUUACUUAAUAUAUUAUAACAUAUCUCUGCGCACAUUUAAACAAUUUUUUCUAAAUUUUUAACACAUUCUUAAUGUAUUUUCACUUUAAUUUUAAAUUUUUAUUUUUUUCUUUUUUAUAAUAAUAUAUUUCAUUCUACCUGCUCUUUUAUAUAGUAAGAAUUGUUAAAUUAAAGUAAAAUAUUUUGUACCUUACUUUUUUAAUGUGCCAAUUUUCUGUAUAAUAUAUGUAUAUCUAUUAAUAGAUAAAGAUAAUAUAUGUAAUACAUUGAAUAAAAUUUAUGUUCGCAAAAA